AUUCCGGUGCAUCACUACCUCCGUGGUAGGCGCAGCCGGGCGCCUCCUCUGCGGCAGCCGCGCCUGACUAGCAGAGUGCUGCAGCGCUCGCUCCAGUGGCCGCUGGCUUCCGGCCGUGGCCACCCCGCGUGGGCUGUGGGCUGUGCCCCUGCUGCCAGCCACCCUGUACUGCUGCAGGCGCCGCGGGCGCCCGGUGCUCUGCAACCCUGCGUCGGGCGGCAUGGGAUAACCCGGCCAUGGUGCGCAGAGAUCGCCUCCGCAGGAUGCGGGAGUGGUGGGUCCAAGUAGGGCUGUUGGCUGUGCCCCUGCUUGCAGCAUACCUGCAUAUCCCGCCCCCUCAGCUUUCCCCUGCCCUUCACUCAUGGAAGUCUUCAGGCAAAUUUUUCACUUACAAGGGACUGCGGAUCUUCUACCAAGACUCUGUAGGUGUGGUUGGAAGCCCGGAGAUAGUUGUUCUUUUACACGGCUUUCCAACAUCCAGCUAUGAUUGGUACAAGAUUUGGGAAGGUCUGACCUUGAGGUUUCAUCGAGUGAUUGCCCUUGAUUUCUUGGGCUUUGGCUUCAGUGACAAACCGAGACCACAUCACUAUUCCAUAUUUGAGCAAGCCAGCAUCGUGGAAUCCCUUCUGCGGCACCUGGGGCUCCAUAACCGCAGGAUCAAUCUCUUGUCUCAUGAUUAUGGAGAUAUUGUUGCUCAGGAGCUGAUCUAUAGGUACAAGCAGAAUCGAUCUGGUCGGCUUACCAUAAAGAGUCUCUGUCUGUCAAAUGGAGGUAUUUUUCCUGAGACUCACCGUCCUCUUCUUCUCCAAAAGCUACUCAAAGAUGGAGGCGUGCUGUCACCGAUCCUCACGCGGCUGAUGAACUUCUUUGUAUUUUCACGAGGACUCACCCCAGUCUUUGGUCCAUACACUCGGCCCUCUGAGAGCGAGCUGUGGGACAUGUGGGCAGGGAUCCGGAACAAUGAUGGGAACUUAGUCAUUGAUAGUCUCUUACAGUACAUCAAUCAGAGGAAGAAGUUUAAAAGACGCUGGGUGGGAGCUCUUGCCUCUGUAUCUAUUCCCAUUCAUUUUAUCUAUGGACCAUUGGAUCCUGUAAAUCCCUAUCCAGAGUUUUUGGAGCUAUACAGCCUCAAGUUCACCUACAUGCUGUUCUCUUCCACUAGGAAAACGCUGCCGCGGUCCACAGUGUCGAUUCUGGAUGACCACAUUAGCCACUACCCACAGCUAGAGGAUCCCAUGGGCUUCUUGAAUGCAUAUAUGGGCUUCAUCAACUCCUUCUGAGCUGGAAAGAGUAGCUUCCCUGUAUUACCUCCCCAUUCCCUUUAUCUGUUGUGUUUCCACUUAGGAAGAAAUGCCCAAAAGAGGUCCUGGCUAUCAAACAUUAUUCUCUCAAAGAAGUCCACUUUGCUCACAUUAGUGAACAGUAUAUAGGAAAAAGCCAGCAGGAGCUCCGACUAAGGGUUAACAUAAUAGUCCACCUCGCAUUCCCCUGACAUGGAUCAAAAGUGGAUGGACUUAACUUUGUCUUUGUGUUAUUAGGAAAUUUACUACUCACUGAUGGAAAAGGACAGAAAUUCCUUUGCAUAAAAGACUUUUUAAUACUUCUUUGGACUUUUCCAAAACGUUUAGAAAUGCUAAUUCCUGGCCUGGCCCCAAUUGGAAUCCUAAAGAAAAAAUGAGAAGGGGCUGCCUUACCUCUCCUUGAAUGGCUUUAAGGGCACAAGCUCUUUCAAAGUUCUCUAAGCAACACAGCUUCAAGUGAGAGGCUCCCUUGUCAUAAAUUUGGAUUUAGUUUCAUCAGCUGCUUCUAAUUAUAGACAUUUGUUAAAAGAUACUGGUUUAAAUAUUACAGUAUUCUAACACUGGUUUACCGACAUAUUAUAUGUAUUUUAUAAGGAUACUAAACCAGCAGACCCUUAUUCUGCCACAGUGGUGAACUAAAUCCAAACUAUUUACCAAAUUUCCUAAAAUCACAGGACAUUAAGGAACCAAUAGCAUCUGUGCCAGAGAUUGACUGUUGUUAGUUGGAAAGACCAAUUCUAAAAGCAAACAACAAUCUGACUCCUCAUACCUCAGUGCUUAGUAACCUCUUUCUUGAGCUAACGUGGAGGGGAGGGGAGGGGAUCGUUGUGUAGUCCAAGUUAGCAUGCUGAAUGUACAUUGAUUCCUUUCAUAAUGAUCGCUUAACUCCCCACUGGCUGUCCCAGAGAGGCCUUCUCAUGUAGCUCAGCAAUUCCUGUACUUUACAGACAGGAACUUAUUGGAAACUUUAAGAACAAAUUUUGAAAGAACUAUGAGCAAUGGUGCUGAACACUUUCUUUUAAGCUGCAUUUCAUUGACUUAGUUAAAGCAGGAUUAAGUGAUUAUUUUAAAUUAGUUUUUUAUUAGCAUCUUCAAGUAUAACAACUUUGCAACUGGAAUAAGUGUUUUAUUUUCUAUUAAUAAAAAGAAUUGUGACAAAA